AUGCCAAGGGAAAUCUAUAGUGGCUGCCUAUUCGUUGAGUUCUCAGCUGAAAUCUCUCAACUUGAUAGGUCAGAAGCCGUGGUUCUCUGGAACACCGAGGGAUUUCUGAGGCCAUUUCUGGUGUCAGGAGGGUCCUCCCCCGACUCCCAUCCCCACCCCCACGCCCAGUGGGGAAACUGGGACUGCACAGCUUAUUUCUCUACAGACUCAAAGCUUAUAAAAGAACAAAUGUCACAGGCCCAGCUCUUCACCAGAAGCCAUGAGGAUGGUCUGGGCUUUGAAUAUGUGAUGUUCUAUAAUGAUGUUGAGAAAAGGAUAGUUUGCUUGUUUCAAGGAGGUCCUUACCUGCAAGGAGUACCCGGAUUCCUUCAUGGAGGUGCCACUGCAACCACGAUUGAUGAAACCAUGAGUGUUGGUAUAUCUGCUAUUCUAGCUGGGGGAAUUGUCGUGACUGCCAACCUCAACAGAUUUAAAAAACCUACCCCCCUUUAUUUUGUUGUUGUGAUAAAUAGCCAACUUGAUAAAAUUAAAGGAAGGAAAGUGUUUGUUUCCUGUAAUAUUCGAAGUGUUGAUGAGAAAACCCUAUACUCAGAGGCAACAAGCUUAUGUAUAAAGUUGGAACCUGAAAAAAAUUUUGACAUGAAAGAGCUUCUGGUGAAUUCCACAUUACUCUCCAUAAGGCUCUCCUUCAAAAAAAGCUGUGGUCCCCAGUCCUGCUCUGCUCACCUACUGUUGAGCCCCUCCCCCAUAGGGUGA